UCAAAUUAUUUAGAAAAACAAAUAUGUCGCUUAUUAAAAACCUCGUUAAAGAGACUGAAAACAAACCGACGAAAAAAAAGAAGAAGAAUGCAGGAUCCGGAGAUAGCGAUUCUGAUGAUAAGGAAAAAACUCUUCGACCAUUUGUUAAAACAGCCACAGAUCUCCAACGGCUGAAGCUCGAGAAACUUAUGAAGAAUCCGGAUAAGCCGGUGAUCAUACCAGAGCAGCGCCGCGAACGGGAUUACUUGUCCUCGGUGCCCACAUUCGUUCGAAAUGUAAUGGGAAGUAGUGCAGGAGCGGGAUCCGGCGAGUUUCAUGUGUACCGCCAUCUGCGCCGUAAAGAAUACGCUCGCCAGAAAAACAUCCAGAAUCAGAGUUCCCGAGAGGCGGCAGAUGAGGCCUACCAGCAAAAGUUGGACGACAAUCGCCGGGCUGCCGAGGAAAAGACCGCCAAGAAAAGGGCUAAACGACUAAAGAAAAAACAGCGGGCCAAAAAGCCGAGGGAACAAAAGAAGCCAGAGGCUAAGGAAGCUUCAGAGUCCAGUAACAGCGAUUCGGAGGACGAGGAAACUCUAAAGGACACAGGAGAAAAUCAAGAGAUUAACCCUGAUGAAGAGCCAGAUGUUGCCUCUAAGGAUACUACCGAUGAGAAUAAGGAAGAAGCUUCAGAGCUAAAAUCUAAAGCCAGAAGCGAAGAAUCUUUAAUUAAGUCAUCAGAAGUGGAGACUAUAGGUCAUGCAAAUGUAGACCAAGAACCUGAUAAACCAAAACCCUUAUAAUGCACUUAUUAAUUAUUAAUAAAACAAAUUGCAGUUUUA